CUUCUAUUAUCAAAUCUCUUGUUGUUAGUGAUCUCUUUUAAGAAUACAAAAAUCAAUCAACAACAAAAUGUCCAUAACAACCCUAGUGUCAACUUGUCUCUGGUUCUUGCUGGUGGUGCCUAGCCUCACAGGCGCAAACGAGGUCAACGUAAAUUGCCUGAGGAGCAUAAAAUCUCAAGUUAAAGAUCCCAAGGGAUCUUUAUCAAGUUGGGUAUUUCACAACGGGACUUCAAGUUAUGUAUGCGGAUUUAUUGGUGUGGAGUGCUGGGAUGUGGAUAGGGUUUUGAGCAUUGACCUUUCUGGUUUUGGUCUCCAAGGAGAGUUUCCUCUUGGGUUAAAGGAAUGUUCUUCUUUGACAGGUCUAGAUCUUUCUGGAAACAACUUCUCUGGAUCUCUACCAUCUAAUAUAGCCUCCUUGAUUCCAUUUGUUACAACUCUCGACCUUUCUUACAAUCAAUUCUCUGGUGAAAUACCAGCAGGUUUAUCAGAUGUUACCUAUCUGAACACUAUUAUGCUUCAGCAUAACCACUUCACUGGUCAGAUUCCUCCCGAGAUAGCGUCGCUUAAGCGGCUCAAACAGUUCUCAGUGGCAGAGAAUCAACUGACCGGUCCUGUCCCAGAAUUCAACGAAGCCUUGGGAAUUGGAGUGGAGAGUUUUGCUAAUAACACGGACUUGUGUGGUUGGCCUAUGGAUUAUUGCAUUGAGCAGGAAGAAAAAGUGAGCCGGUUUGGGAAGAUGGGUGCAGCAAUUGGUGCGGCUGUAUUUGCACCAGUAGGUGCGUUCUUAGGCUGGUUCUUUAGGAAGGAGAAACAGUGA